GUUAAACCUCUAUGGACAGUCCAGUGAUUACAUUACAUUACCUAGAUUAUUUAAAGUUUAUUUAAAGAUUAUUUAAAGUUCCUUGCAGCACCCAGACUCUUUAAAGUAUCUAAGCUGUCCGUCUGAGCACCCGGAAGAUCAAAAGAACACUUUGUCUCUUUACGCUGAGACCACGCUUGCUGGAGCACAGUUCAGUUACAGACAUAGCAGUGGUGCAGUCCUACCAUAUGCACAAAGAUGAACUUCACCUUGGUAACGACUUUAUUCUGUUGUAUCGCUGCCUCUCUUUCUGAGUUUUACACUGUGGAGGUCCAGCCUGGUGAAGACGUCACACUGCUGUGCUCCAACUUUUCCAGUGCUCCCAUUCACAUACACUGGUUCAGACUGGCCAACAGAUCCAACACCAGCUGCAUCUCCUCAAUGUUCAGCCCUGAUUCCAAUGUUUCAUUUUGUGAUGGAUUUCAAAAUUGCAAAUUUAAUAUGACAUCCAAUACCACUGCCCUCUUUCUCAAGAUCAAACAAGUGGAUUUAUCUGACUCUGGACUGUAUUUCUGUGGAUUUAAAACAGAUGGAAACCCAGUUAUUGUCAGUGCAACAUAUUUAAAGGUUCAAGAAGUGUUUGAUGGAAUAAGCACGCUGAUGAGUGCGAUCCUGGUUGGUCUGACUGUUUUCCUCCUUGUAGUCAUCAUUGGUCUGGUUGUCAAAAUAAGGAAACUUCAUACAGCUCAAACUGAGGGACAGAAUCCACAACACAGUGAGAAUCUGGGCUCUGAUGCCCUGAACUACGCAGCACUGAGUUUACAUCCAAAAGCAAAAACUAGGAGAAGGCCCGCAUCAGAGAGAGAGAUGGAGACAAAUGUUAUUUAUGCUGCCACCAGAUAGACUCAGCAAACAACUGAAACUGAACGCUGACUGGAACUGAUGCUUUAUUAAAUCCGUCUUGUUGGGGUUUUAUGUGGGUGGCAGAUGUUACCAUCAAUGUCAAUAAAUUAAAUUUUCUAAUAAAGAUUCUAUAUUCACUCAAGUUGUGCUGAUUCAUGUAAAUCUCCUUUACAGUGUAAAGUGUGUUUUAAUUCUUACUUUCCAGCCAAAAUCCCUUUCUUACUUAUUUUAUCUGCCUUAGAUCU